AUGGCGGACGAAAUACCCCAGGGCCUCAAGCAGGCCGACAUCAACCUCUUCAAGACGGCCACCAGGGCUGCCCAGCUGGCGACCGUCAAGCCAAUCGUGGCAUAUUGGUGCGAGUACUGGAUCGUCAACCAGAUCCUGGCGAGGAACCUGCACAGCACCGAUGCAGACAUCCUGAAUUACACAACAAACCUCAUGGACAAGCUGGAACAGACCAAGACCGAAUACGCAAACGAGGACGCCAUCAUGGACGACGCCACCGCACAGGCAUACAUUGAGCAGUUUGCGCAGGAGACGCUGGACAGGGCCGAACGCGUCAUCAGGGCCAACAAGGUCACCCAGCAGACAGCCAGCACCUUCGACGCCGCCCUGACCUUCUUCAACCUGGUCAACAUCUGGGGGCCCCCAGACACCGAGACGCAGCAGAAGAUCAAGUACGCCAAGUGGAAUGCUGCUCGCAUCACCAGGGCCAUCAAGGAGGGCAAGGACCCCAACGAGACAAACCCAAAGAAGGAGGACCUGCCGCCCCAGCAGCAAGAGCUCGACCCUUCGGACCCCGACGUCCAGGCCCUUGCCAGCCCAUCUGCACCUCCGCCGCCAGAGCAGCAGCCACAUGGCGAGGGUCAACAUCAGGUGCCGAGGGCUGCGACCGUCGAGGAUGCGCCAGAUCCAGAUCUCAAGAGGGACUCGGCCGGGGUCUCUCUGCCGGAAACCCCCGUCCUGCCAGACCCCCCAGCCGCUGUGCCCGACGACGGCGAGCUGAAGCUCCCAAGCGCGCCAGGCUACGGCGACGAUGCGGGUCCUGCCACAACGCCUGGCUACUUCGACCCUCCGCCGACGCUACCUUCCCCCAUCUCGCCGCCAACAAACCACCCGACUGGCUCCACACCCGGUGGCGGCGCCCCUUCGGCUCCUCAAACGUGGACGCCGACUCCACCGCCGGCCUCCUCGUCCUUCGCACCACCACCAUCUGCCCCGUCUGCCCCAUCAGGCCCUCCAACCUUUGCUCCGAGCCCAUCCACCACCGCGGCCGUCGCCCCGCCACCUGCCUUCUCCCCACCGCCAGCUGUUGCAGCUCCGAAAACCAUGCCACCGCCGGCCGUGGUCCCGCGGCCCGUCGUCCCUGCUCCAACCAGCUUCGGCAGCUCGGCCCCCGCCCCCACGGCUUCGAUCGGCCUCGGCCAGCAGGCCCCGGCCACGUUCACAGCCGACGAUGCAGCCAUGGCCCAGGCGCAGAAGCAUGCAAAGUGGGCCAUUUCGGCCCUCAACUUUGAGGAUGUGCCCACCGCCGUGCGCGAGCUGAGGCGGGCCCUCGAGACCUUGGGCGCAAGCUGA